CUGCGAAUGAUGUCUUCACCAGCCACUUCAAAGCUGCCUAUCCAGGCAAAAUACACAUCGUGAACAUACAACUCUAUGGUCUGCUUGACGUCUGUCGCCCUACGGUGACUUUUCUAUAAUUACAUACCAACGCGCAUCUGCCUACACUGCCUCAGAACCUGUCUAUCCAACCAAGCUUAUCCGACUGCGGAAGUACUCGUGUUUGCAAUGAACUUCGUCACGUUCAACCAGGACCGUACACUUCUUGGUGUUGGUACUACCAAGGGUUUCAGGCUCUACUCUACCGAACCUUUCUCAAAAUGCUUCGAAACUGAGGAGGGUGAUAUUGCCCUCCUCGAGAUGCUAUUCUCCACUUCACUUGUUGCGAUAAGCCUGUCACCGCGACUUCUCCGAAUACAGAAUACAAAGAGACAUUCUACGAUAUGCGAGCUCACGUUUCCUUCGAGGAUUUUGGCCGUCAGAAUGAAUAGGAAACGCCUGGUGGUUGUGAUGGAAGGAACAAUACACCUAUACGAUAUCAGUAAUAUGACCCAUCUCGGCGCAUUAGACACCUCGCCCAAUCCAAAUGCUAUCUGCGCGUUAUCUCCUUCCUCCGACAACAACUAUCUCGUUUAUCCCUUGCCACAGAAAGCCUCCUCCUCCGCCUAUACACCACCAUCACAUGCUCCUCCGAGUCAAGGGCACGUAACACCAUCCUCUGGAGAGGUUCUGAUAUAUGACGCAACAAGGAAAGAGGCAGUCAAUGUUAUCCAAGCCCACCAGACACCAUUAUCCUGCGUGGCUUUGAAUAACGAGGGAUCGCUUCUGGCAACGGCAUCAGAAAAGGGCACGAUCAUAAGAGUUUUUUCUGUACCGGAUGCCCAAAAACUGUUCCAGUUCCGGCGUGGUUCGAUGCCUUCCACAAUCCAGAGCAUGUCUCUCAACUCAACGUCCACAUUAUUGUGUGUGUCGUCGGCAAGCGAUACUGUUCAUAUAUUCCGCUUGUCAGCUGCUGCUCGACACACACGAGGAAGCAGUAUCACCUCGAUAUCAGAUCUUACCAAGUCUUCGGUAGAUGGGCGUAGCUCAAGCCCUAGCAGCGAAGAGACAAGGUACAACUCAUUAAUGGACGCCAGUGGGGUGGACACGACACACGAUCGAAAAGCCUUGAAUCCGACAUUUGCGAGCAUGAUCCGACGGACAUCUCAAAAUGUUGGAAAAACUUUCGCAGCCACUGUAGGUGGUUACCUACCAAGUGCUGUAGCAGAGAUCUGGGAGCCGUCGCGAGACUUUGCCUGGGUGAAAAUCCCCAGAUCACAAAACCCAUCCAACACCGGGCCGGUACGCUCUGUAGUUGCAUUGAGCAACAACGGUCCACAAGUCAUGGUCGUUACGAGCGAGGGCAACUACUAUGUCUUCAAUAUCGACCUUGAGAAAGGCGGCGAGGGAACGCUGGUAAAAAGUCAUUCCAUUAUUGGCAGUAGCGACAUCCUCGGACGGUCCAUGUUAGAUGAUUGAUUUAAUUAAUAUACCCCUUAAGAGACUCCAGGCGCCAUAUUGAACGCGUUGACAAUCGCUUGCAAGGCUUUUGAGCAGACAUUGACUCUUAUGAACUGCCGUUACAUAGCAUUAUCCGGCGUUAUUGUUUGGUUUACUAUGCAGUAUGUGAGACCAUUCCAGUUACCCAGGGUAUGCGACCUCGAUUGAUUUGUGUGUAUGAGGUGGACCGCAUGACUACAUAGCUUGUUAGAGAUAUCGAUAUUAAUAACGUUACUGUUCG